AUGGUCGCGCCAGCAAUUCGAGUGGCCCCGUCCGCGGCCAACCGCGCGCUGAAUCUACUGCGCACGGUGCAGUACACCCAUCCGCCCAACUGCCCUUGUCACUCCAAUCCCAAUCAUCACCACCAUCAUAAGACCCCGUCAAUGAUGAACAAUGUCCGCCGCCACCUUGCGACGCCUCCAGACCCCGCUCGUGAAAAAGAGUAUGCCUUUGAAAUGGCAGCGUCAAGUAUCCGGUUCGGACCUGGUUCGACCAAGGAGGUCGGCAUGGAUUUCGCGAACAUGGGAGCUAAGAGGGUGUGUAUUGUGACAGACUCCAAUGUUAGCAAGCUUGAUGCAAUGAAGCAAGCUGUAGAGGGUCUCACUCGGGAGGGCAUUCAAUUCACUAUUUUCGAUAAGGUUCGGACUGAACCUAAGGACAGCUCUAUCCGAGAGGCCAUUGCAUUUGCUAAACCAUACAACCCUGAUGCUUUUCUCGCCGUCGGCGGUGGAUCCGUAAUCGACACAGCCAAACUCAUGAACCUUUAUACUGCCUAUCCAGAAGCUGACUUCCUGGACUUUGUCAAUGCCCCCCUGGGCAAGGGUCUCCCAGUUGACAAACCACUACGUCCCCUCGUCGCAGUACCAACAACCGCAGGCACUGGCUCCGAAACAACCGGCACAGCUAUCUUCGAUCUAGUGGAAAAGAAAGCGAAAACAGGAAUUGCUCACCGCAACUUAAAGCCCACACUGGGAAUUUGCGACCCGCUCAAUACUCGGACCAUGCCCUCGGCCGUCCACGCCGCGUCAGGCUUAGACGUACUCUGCCACUCCCUCGAGUCAUGGACCGCUAUUCCAUACAACGAGCGCACACCCCGUCCAACAAAUCCCAUUAACCGCCCGGCUUAUCAAGGUGCGAAUCCCAUCUCGGAUAUUUUCUCCCUGCAGGCUCUACGAAGCACUGUCAAAUACCUGCCCCGGGCAGUAAGAGACCCCGAUGACCAUGAGGCACAGUCGAACAUGCUUCUCGCGGCAACCCUCGCGGGUGUUGGAUUCGGAAAUGCUGGUGUCCAUCUUUGUCACGGCAUGAGUUAUCCAAUCUCAAGUCAGAAUCCGGGAUACAAACACAAUGGUUAUGAGGUUGACCACCCUAUUAUUCCGCAUGGUGUCUCCGUCGCGGUCACAGCCCCUGCUGUCUUCCGCUUCACGGCCGCGUCAAAUCCCGAUCGCCAUCUGGCUGCUGCUGAAGCAUUCGGUGUCGAUAUCUCGAAUGUGAAGCGUGAAAGCGCGGGUGAGGUUCUUGGAGCGGCAAUUGCUGAAUUCUUAGUCAAGCUGGGCGAUCAGCCUCGGGGUCUGAAGGAUCUGGGAUUCAAGGCUUCUGACAUCGAAGGUUUGGUUGAGGGUACUAUCCCGCAGAAGCGUGUUCUUAUGCUCGCGCCAAAUUUGAGCGAGGAGCUCCAGGCAGAGAAGGGCGAGCUUCGGCGCUUACUGGAGGAGUCUUUGGACUACUAG